ACGUCUGUCCGUGUUACACAUGCCCACUGUGAUCCACUGGGUAAAACUGAAGAUUAGAGGAAGGGGGUUGGGGAGUUAAUGAUAUUAUCGCGGUGUGCGCGUCCUCGCCUCAGCCCCAGUGCGCCUUAUCGUUUUGCGAAGGGUUGCUGUGGAUACGGAUCGGGGGUCUGCCGACGAGCGGGGGUGGAAAAUCUACCCGACAGCCUGAUUUAUAACGACCGUCUGACUGGGAGGGAACAGAACGGAAUUCCCCGCACCGCCCCCCCCCCCAAAAAAAAAUAAACGAAACCCGGGUCGUUAGAUUCUGAUUGACACAGGAACCUAAAAUCUAAAUGACAGAACUGUAGAAUCCAGACCACCUCAAAAUCAGGAAUUUGCCGUUCGGAACCCUUUUGAAAUACAGAAUCGGAGAGCAGAGCCUUGGAAGUCGUUCCGGAGGGAGAAUAAUCGACUCUCUUCUGAAGCGUGCAUGAGUUUCGCAAAGGUCAGCACGGACCCUGGCUGCUGAAAUGAGUGAAGACCAGCCGGAACACCCCUCGGGGAAUGGGCUGGUCGAGGGAGGGGAGGAGGCUGGGCCAAUCGCGUCAGCAGCAGAGCAGCCUGGACCAAUAGGAGUGGGGGAGACCGAUCCAACAGGGGAGCUGGCAGGGAGCGAGGAGUGGGAGAUUGAGCUGGUCCGAGCUGACGGGAAGGAGGACGGCCCGCCGGCGCAAGAGGAUUUAGCGGCUGGAAGCCGCGAGGUGAACGGCGCGGCGGACGUCCUGCCAGGGGAGAACGAGAGCAACGGCGGGGAGAGCGAGAGGGGGAGCAGCGUGGCGUGGAGCGAGACAAACUUCGCGGGAGACAGCAAGAGGCAGCGGCGAAACAACUCUUUCGGAGGAACCCGUCGGAAGAAAGCACUGGUGGAGGACGACUGGGAGGACUGGCCCAUACUGGGAUCCGGGUGGAAAAGGAAAGAGGUGUUCAGGAGGUCCGGAGCUUCUAUGGGGAAGACAGACACUUACUAUAUGAGCCCGGACGGCAGUCGGAUGCGCAGCAGGAUUGAGAUGGUGAAACACAUCGGAGGGCAGAUGGACCUCACUGAGUUUGACUACAAAUCUGGGUGCUUUGUGGUGCCCGGGGGAACCCCGAAAAGGAAGGCAGGAAGAGGGAGGAAGAAGAAGGAACAACUUUUGAUGGAAAGGGACGAUCUAGUCUCCACCCCCGACUCCGUGCGGACCCCCGACCGCGUCUUCACCCCCGACAGCGCGCUUGCCUCGGACAGGAUCUGCACUCCCGUCAAGACCCCCCAAACCAAACCCUCGCCUCAGCGCUUCUCUCUCCCCAAGGCCUCCCCGGUCAAGUUUACCACCCCGCCGAAUAUCUCCCCCCGCCCCUCUUCCUCCACCUCCUCCGCCUCCUCCUUGCACCCCGAUCCUUCCUCCUGGUCCCGAGCUGUAACGAACGAGCUGCACACCCUGCCUUUCAUACCCACGGAGCCCGUCGUCUUGGGCUGUGAGAAUUGUGGGAAACCUCUUUCCAGAAUGGAAUUCGGAAUAACUGGGCAGCUGUGUUCCAACUGCAAACCUGCUAUAAAGCCAGAAACCUCUCGAAAUAUCGUCUUCAGAAAGUGGCUGCCCUGCGGCCAGUGCGUGGCGUGUCACGUCACUGUGGACUGUGGAAUGUGUGCCAGCUGUCGGAAUGGGCUCCUGAACCCAGACUCGGCCAGACCGGUCCGGUGUCGGAGAAGGAAGUGUCUCCGGCCCGUCCGAAAGAAGAAGACACUGAAAGGACAGAAGCGUGGGAAGCAGAUUAAAUCCACAAAACUAAAGAAGAAACUGCAGUCUGAUUAUUUGGCGAGAAUGAACAAGAUAAGGAGCAUGCAGAAGGUGAAGCUGGAGGAGAGCAACCCAGAGCACUGGGAGGAUAACGACUACAUCGUGCCGUUCAGCAAGAAAGAGAAGAAGGAACAGUACAGCUGUUUGAGUGCGGGAAUGAUAAGAGAGUUUCCCGUCCCACAAUACCACGAACCAGAAGACUUCUCCUACUUCUACGUGGAUAAUGAGGACGACAAUGACGACCAGGACGGACCCAAGAAGCGAAGCCGGCGGUCGUGUGGGCAGUGCCAGGCCUGCCUGCGCACCACAGACUGCCGCACCUGUGACUUCUGCCAGGACAAGCCCAAAUUCGGGGGCCGGAACAAGAAGAGGCAGAAGUGUCGCCUCCGGCAGUGCCAAGUGGAGGCCAUGAGGCACCUCCUUCCCUUCCAGCGGGGUCAGACGAAGCACAUGGAGGACAUCGGCUGGCUCGGGCCCGGCAGGCCACGCCCCCAGUCCCCCAGGACCCCCAAACUGCGCAGGAGCAAGGCGGGGCGCCCCCGAAAGACCCCGCACCCCACCUGGCCCUCCUGGGAGGCGUUCGAAUUCACCAACGAGGAGGAGGAGGAGGAGUACGAGCUGCAGUAUGAAGAGGCGCUGGAGGAAGGUGGCGUGGGAGAAGACAUUCAGAUAGACAGACAGGGGGACCCCACACCUCAGUUGCCCCAAUACCCCGGUUACCUCAACCACAAAGCAGAGCAACUGGACAACAGCUACCCCAUCAGGAUACAGGGCUGCUUGAAGACAGAUUACGGAAACAUCGAAAUCAUGAAAGUGAACGAGUUCUCAGGACCCGGCGCCCAGCUGAGCGAAUGCUACCCCUCCACUGAAGUCCAGGUUCUGUACGACAGGACGGGUGCCCCUGUCCUCUUUGAGAAGCCAGCCCCCGUGGUGCCCCAGGUGUUAUACAGCAAGGCCACAGCGCCCCCUUUCUGCAGGGAGGAGCAGUUGCAGCAGGGAGAGCGGGAGCCGAUCGAGACCAUCGACCUGGACGAGGAAGAGGACGAGGGGGUGAAGAUCGUGCAGGUCGACGAUGACGUGCUGGAGGUCACGCCAGUGAUCACUGGGAUCUACAGCCUUGCCUCUAGCGAGGCUGACCCACCCCAAACCCAACCCCAACCCCAACCCCAACCCCAUGAACUCCUCCUCUUCCUGGACCGGAUCAGACAGGUCCCCCUCCCGGCACACUGGGUGGGCCUGGCGCUGGACGGCCCUCGGAUCCAGCUGCUCCAGUGCUCCAAGCUCUCCACCAUGUCUGACACCGUGGUCCAGAUCGAGCACGGGUUCUACUACCAGAUCACGGUGCAGGGGCAGGCCCUGCUGCUCUCGCACCCCGUGUACGAGCGACACCCGGAGCGGCUGCGCGCUGUCGGGGACGUCAUCGGCCUGCUCGCCGACCUCGAGGGGUACAGGGUGUGCGUCGGGUACCCCAACAACCUGCCCGGAGCCGAGGACGAGCCCUUGAUGUUCGUGAGAGCAGCCACCUGCGAGCUGCUGGUGCAGGGCGAGGAGAGGUGCGACCGCUGCAGCGUGACCCCGCUGGUCGUGUGACGGGGGACAGGCACGGGGGGGGGGCGUCUCAUUCUGAUUUUGUUUUCCCUGAAACGAGAUUGCCGUCCGAUUUUUCCGCGCGAGAAUCGCAGACAGCCCGACUCCUGUAAAAGGCUCUCGGUUAAAGAGAGAGAAAUUUAAACAGAUUUGUUCAAAAUGUUUUUACUAUUCGUUUUUUGGUUUGCUUUUGUCUCUCUUUGAUUACAACAACGCGAACCUAGAAACUCAAUCCGCUGGAUUUGAACCCUGGACUCAAGACUCGCAGAGCCUCAAAAACGCUCCUAAAACCCCCACCCUGCCCCCCCAGGUGUGGCUGCAAUGUGUUUUUUUUUUUUCUUCAAAGUUAAAUUCUGUGCAAGACAAAGACUCUACCUCAAUAUAACUUGUUUUCUAUAGAAUAAUAAUAAUUGAAAAUCAUGACUGAUGCAGAAUGCACAACUGACUGUAAACUCAUCCUGCAAGGCAGUCCGCACCCCUUUAAAACCAGGGGUGUCCCAAACCCUGGACGAAAAAUUGCUUUUAAAAUGAUUGGACAGCCCUCCAGGACUGUGAUUGGCUGAUUGGACAGCCCUCCAGGCCUGUGAUUGGCUGACUGGACAGCCCUCCAGGCCUGGGAUUGGCUGAUUGGACAGCGCUGUUAUAAAUAAUUUUAUGCAGCUUCUACUGUCGGUUUUAAGCAGAUAAAUUAAACAGAGCCCCUUUUAUCAGAUUAAAGCUGCAGCUAUUCUUUCACUGUUCCCUAUUCACACAGACUUGCGCGUCCGCAAAUGCCCGCUAGAGGGCAGUGAUUCUGCUUGUGAUCGAUGGUCCAGUGUUAAUUAAGCUACAAUGUUAAACUCUGGACACUAGGUGGCAGCAGUGGCCCGAAUGAAGGUCUGUUUGAUUGCUUUUAGAAUGUUGGUUGUAAUUUGUGUUAAACGUCAAAAUGUACAGAACGAGAUGUAAACAGAAGUGUGUGUUUUAUUUAUGGCUUGUCCACACUGCAGCCCAGCGCUUUCCUUCUCUAACCACUGAGCUCCUCAAA